AUGACCACUGCAACGUUCUAUACACUGCCUAUCGAAAUUCUGGAAAACAUUGCGUUUUACUACGUUUGUCCAAGGGUUUUAGGUCCCCCAGUACCGCUCACUGUAAUCUUAUUACUCUGCAAGGCCGUCUCGCGCAAGUUGAUUGCAGCACGGCACCUGUAUGCGCGUGUAUUCAAAUACAAGUUCUCCUUCAGCGCGAUUCAACGACGGGGAUUCGAGCCGAGAACCGGAGAAUGGGCGUGGCAGCUGCGUCGCUAUACCCAAGUACUGAGAGACGUAUGGAACAGACGGAAGAGACCGGGAUCCGAAGCUUAUGUGGACGACGUAGACUUUGACGUGCAGGGGACGAUGUAUGUGCUGUGGAUUAUGUGUCUUGAGGAUGACGGGUGCAACCGGGCCCAGAUGCAGCUCGCUGGAGUCUAUGAGUGGGUUGAAGGUUAUAUUCGGACGGAGAUGUACAAGAAUGUCGAGAAAGGAUGGCCAAUUGCUAAUGCAGGUAACAGCUGCGCCAUGUGGGUCUUUUGGCAUCUCACCAGUAAAGCUCGUCUAAUGGAUGAAUCUACAGAACAACGGGAAUCUCUCAUUAACCUCAUACUUCCGUUCCUUACCGUUCCUUUCCGCUAUCCAUCCUCCCUUGCUCCAGCCAAUCACUUCCGUCUUCCGCUCCGGUCUUCCGCACCAUCUUCGUCUUCGACAUCAUUUAGUAUCCCAACUCCUCAUGGCCCUUAUCCAAUAUAUCUUCAACCGUCUCGCUACACCUGGGUGAUACCUCAUUUCGAGCGCUGGACUCCCUUAUGCACGCCGCUUGCCGCCGAUGCUGCUAAAUUAGUGUACUUUUCUCGUCGAGAGACAAUACCAUUCGGUAUACUCAACAUAUUGCCACGGAACAGGGAAGAGCACCGAGACAGAGUUCGUGCACGACUUGCAUCUCAGGGUAAUGGUGAAGUGGAUGAGGACCAAGUCGAGACCGUCUUUCGGAGUGAACUUCCUCGGCCCACGCAGGAAGACUUCGAAGAGCUCAAUGCCGGUCUUCUCGGCGGAGACAUGUUCUCUUCCUCAUCUUUUCCUAAAGGUGGAGGAACCCUUUUGCCUCGCACGCACGACCCUUGGGACGAUAUACGCAAGACAAUGUCCAACAUUCUUGACGCUAGAUCAAACAUUGGAGAUUUCUCUGAUGAUAAUCUGGCUGAUCAAAAUUUUGGUGGCGAGAUCGACGAAAGUGCAUGCUCCAGUCGUCGUUGGGAUGCUGAUUGGUGGCGGUUACGUCUCUGUCGCUCGGCCUGGGUUAGUCAAGGAGGACCCGAAUCUGAGGAUAGCAUCGUUGCUUCCAAUGCAUAUGGAACUGAAGACUUUAACUCUGAUGGCGAAUCUGACGAGGAGACGACCAGUGAGUUCAACGACGAACUGCUGCAGGACGUAGAUAUGGAAGUAGGCGAGGAGACAGAAUGUCAAGGACAAGUUGAUCAAGCCGACGACGACAUGCAACGAAAUCGCACAAUGUUUAAUGGAUAUCCUCAGCAAGGCACCGUAUACACACCCGGUUCGCUUAACGGCUUAUGGACCGGGCGUAUGAUCAUCCCUUCAGAAACAAACCUCCGUGCUCUACUGCUCCCUCCUGACCAAACGACAAAUCAAGAGGAACUUUUGCUGCAUGCUAACGAACCUCCCGCCGCCGCUGCGCCUCCCCAUGAUCAUCCAUAUCCUCUACAGAACAACGGGAACAACGAAGGCGGGCCUCAUGCUAACAAUGCAAAUCCUGCUCCCCACCCUCAUCAAGAAGCCGGGCAUCGACCUGUUCCCUUCACUGAAGACACUCUCGGGUUAGCUGCGGUGCCCUUAUACCUCCGUCUAUCGGAAUACGUGGUGUAUUUUGGUGGGCAGCCCAUUCCAUGUGCUAAUGACACGAAGGUCGACUUCGACAGCGACGAUGGAAUGCACUCUAUAACUCACACAUAUAAUGCUGGCCAUCGUGGUACUGGUGCCGCAGGUAUGAACCUCGACGACGCUUUUGAUCAGGGUAUCAAGGAUAGCUGGUUUCCUCCCAACACGACGCUGUCUACUAAAGGCGAUCGUGUCAUUGCUACUGUCCCUUCCUUUGUUACGAACAAUGUGGAGGAGUACGAGUAUGUCGCGAUUCAAAAUAAUGAUAUCAAUGCAGAUGAUGUCACUUCAUCGGUCGCUUCGUUUUCAACUCCUACUCUAUCACGAGGAAUGGGCAGCGAGGUUGAAGCUCGAAGUAAACGCAAGCCUGGAACAUUUCAUGAUCAGGAGAGAUGUCCAGGGUGUAUAUCACGGGAGAGAGCGUUGUCAGCUGCGAGGACUCAAGAUAAGAACAUUGAACAUUAUGCAGAUGGUUCCGAAGAACUUAUUGAGGACCUUCCUCCGUACGUCCCCUCCGACAAAACCAUCCCGCCCUGCAAUGGCGUCUUAGACGUGCUCAUCACUGGGGGUACGGAUCCGCGACAUGCUGCUGCAUGGGGUAAUUGGGUAUGGAGAGGAAGAGUGAGAAAGUGGGAUGGGUUAGUAGGGUUAGUAGGGAGUGUCGAUAGCGGGCCUACUGGAUCCCGCCCAGGUAACAGCGGAAAAUAUUUCUUCUAUGGCACUCUUCUUGGCGGACGAAAUCUCGUUGGGACGUGGCGUAUGGCACAUGAAGACCCGCGACUACCUGCGUAUGAAGGCGCGUUCACCCUAGGACGAAAAGACGAGUGA